CGUAAGCGAGACAGUCCCAUUUAAAGCCGCUCGGUUCGGCCUUCACGGCCUAUGGAUGCAGCUGCUGAAGUGGGGCGCUGCUUCGUGCUGCUCACGGGCUCUGAUGGAUGCUAGCUUCAUGUGUGACGGACUGUUAGCUGGAAGAGUUUAUUUUGGUGCUACGACUGAGAAACAUUUCAGGGUCUGAAGCAACAGUGGAGAGACUGGCUGACUGCUGCAGAAGAAAUCUGCUCUGAGGUUAACAGAACGUCUGAUCGUCCAGUAUGAGAUCAACCUUCAGCAGAGACUGCUGGAUAUCAGCCGGAAACCCGAGAUAAAGUUACGCAUAACAGUGACCCUUUGUUCCUCAAGAUCUCCCCCUAACAUGAAGUGUGAGGAAGAGGAGGGCCUGUAUGACCAGCAGGUCUCCAACCAGGAGAGGAACUCCAGUCUGGACCAGGAGGGCACAGAUCCUCCACAGAUCAAAGAGGAAGAGGAGGAACUCUGCAUCAGUGAUGACGUAGAAAAGAUUGUACUCAAACAGGAGGACGAAGGCCUCAUCUGGACUGAAGAAGAGCAGCUCAGACAGCUGGAUAACAUCUGGAAACCUGAAAUGAACUUACACAGCAGGGCUUUCCCACAACAGCAUGAAUGUGAGGAGGAACUGGUUUUUGGGGACCAUGAGAGAAACUUCAGCCUCGACCAGGAGGAUCCGGAGCUUCCACAGAUAAAAGAGGAACAGGAGGAACCUUGCACCAGUCAGGACGUAGAUCAGCUUGUAGUGAAGCAGGAGACUGAAGGCAUUAUUAUCUUCAUGGUGGCUCCUACUUAUGAGGAAAGUGAGCCAGAGCUGGACAGUGAACGUCUCCUUUCUUACAGCUCUCCUGAACCAGAGAGCAGAGAUCAGCAAGACAACUUUCCUGUGUCAGAGAGUCAGCGUAAAACUGACACAAGUAAAAAGUUUGUAAAAUGUGAGAUUUGUGGAAAAACCUUUGAGUACAGAUCCAAACUAACGAGACAUAUGAGAGUUCACACAGGUGAGAAGCCACAUUCUUGCAGCACCUGCGGAAAAAGAUUCAGCCUGAUGAUAAACUUGAAAACUCACAUGAGAAUCCACACAGGUGAGAAGCCGUAUUCUUGUGGCAUCUGCGGAAAAGAAUUUAGAGACCAAUCAACGUUCAAAAAGCACAUGACAGUUCACACAGGUGAGAAGCCUUAUUCUUGUAGCACCUGCGGGAAAAGCUUCAGUCAGAAACCAACACUGGAGAGACACCAGAGAAGCCACACAGGCGAGAAGCUGCACUCCUGCGGCACCUGUGGGAGGGGAUUCAGUCAGAUGAUAAACUUGAAAACUCACAUGAGAAUUCACACAGGUGAGAAGCCUCAUUCAUGUAGCACCUGCGGGAAAAGCUUCAUUCAGAGGAUACAGUUACAAAGACACAUGAGGAUUCACACUAGUUAAAAGUGGGAGAACUGUCAGAUGAAGCAGUCCACUGAGAAGCCAGAUCAGAGCAGAUCAGAUGACCUCCUUCAUUAAAAAACUCUGUAUUGUUUAUUGUAUGUAGGGGUGGGAGAUAUAGCCUCAAAAUAAUAUUUCAAGAAACGUACGUUUAAAAAAACAAUGUACAUUUUAUCAGCUCGGCAGGCAGCAGCAUUUAUAUGUGUAAGUAAAUGAAGGAUUUUCCAUCUUUCUCUUCCAGUGAGCUGCUGUCACUGAU